GUCACAUCAGCACUGUAACAACAGCUGUCAGGGUGUAUGACAUGAGAUAAGAUAAUUUACACCGUGAAAGCCGCUUAUACUUAAUAAUUUACACAGCGAAAGCCGCUUAUACUUGCUUCAAUGGGAAACUUUACCUCUCAUCUUUGUGGUGACACACAUGCUCUACAACAUGAGCCGAUGUACGAUCCAGAGUUACUUAAAAAGCUGGACUUUUCGCAGUCACCAACAAAAUUUAAUCCUCCUGUUACUGCAGUUAACCCCGGAGAAAAUCUUCUAGUUCGCCCCUUGUGCCGGGCGGAUUACGAAAAAGGAUUUGUACAAUUGCUUGGGCAGCUGACAACUGUUGGAGAUAUCACAAAGGAGCAGUUUCUUCGGCGAUAUGCUGAAAUGAAGGCCUGUAAAAAUACGUACUUCAUCACAGUAAUCGAAGACACAGUAACUAACAGAAUUAUUGGUGCUGCUACUCUUGUAAUAGAGCAAAAAUUCAUUCAUGGAUGUGCAGUGCGUGGCCGUUUGGAAGAUGUUGUUGUAAAUGAUACGUAUCGUGGAAAACAACUUGGUAAACUAAUUGUGGCAACUGUUGAGUUGCUGGCUAGACAAUUGAAUUGCUACAAGCUCACUCUGGACUGCAAAGAUGAUCUGAUUCCUUUCUAUGAGAAUCUUGGGUAUGAACUGCAGCCUGGCAAUUCAAACUACAUGUCGAUGCGCUUUCAGAAUAAAUCUCCAAAAUUAUUCAAAAUGUUGAGAUCAAAAUUGUAAAUAUCUUUAGGUUAAGCCAUGUUAUGUGUAACUGUCAGUGAAGUCAUGUGAAGUAAAAUGAAAGAGAAGUAUUAAUUAAUGUAAAUACACACAUAACAUGUUCUCAUGUGAACUUUAAAAUAAUUUUCAAAUUAUUUCAAUAUAGUUCAUUGUUCACUUGAAAAAUAAAGACUGAAUAAAGUUAACUGUCUUAUUAUUGCAUGAACUUCAGCUGUGAUGUUGGUCAUAGAAAAUUACUUAACUCCUGCUUUGUACUUAACUGAAGCUAACAGUAUCCAGUGUUAUGAUAAAGAUUGUUUUGAAUGCCAUGAAAUGUAAAUGUAGUAACAAAUGGCGGAAUUUUCUCUUGUGCAUAAUUUAUAAUUUGUGUAACAGAAAUAAAACAACUGAAGCCAGUAAUGCUGCUGUUAAUUUUAAUGAAGGUGAUGUGGUAUCUUCUAUGUGGUCAAUGUUAAAUUUCCAGCACUUAUGGCGCUUCAUCCCAGAACACUUUUAAGUUAUUGACUUCCAUGUGUCUUAAGUAACUACAGAACUGAAAUUACAGCAAAAAAUUUGUAAUACUUUUUUUCUGUGUUCUUGACGUACAGACUGAAAUUUCUGUAUAUUGUGUUAAAUAUUUCUUCUGACACUGUUUGGUAGAACAACUUCAUAUUUACAAAUGAACAGUCCAAAAAUGUGGAUGCUCUACAGUAUUAAUUUACUUAGUUAAGUGGUAGCCAGUUACUAUCUGAUGACCUUGUAAACUGAAAUCAAUAAAGUAAAUAAAUUAGCACUGUAGAACAUCUUCA